UGAUAGUAUAAGACCUAAUUGUUCGAAGGCACUUGAUCGUUCGAUCUUUCCUAACGCGGAGUUUAAGUAAGACAAAUCAUACCGCAAAUAUUGAAAAUGCACGUACUACGAUGGACAUUCAAACUUUUCAUCGCCAGCGGAUAUUUUCUACCGCCCACGUUGAAGUCUCCGACGAAACGCUUUCUGUAUAAUUUAUAUACGGUUUUCAUGACGAUGUACUUGUGGAGCUACUCCCUCACGCUAAUCAUGGACAUUUUCUACAACGUGGAAACGCAGGACGAUUUGAGUGAGAAUUUUAGCGUGACUGUCACGGUACUUAUCACGAGUUGCAAAUUUGUCAGCUUAGUCUUAGGGCGAAAAACUAUCAUAAAUAUAUUGGGUCUACUGAAGAAGAAGCCCUUUGUGCCGGAGAACAAUGAGGAAGUAGAAAUUUACGCGAAAUACGACAAUCUAAUUGAGAAAAUCGCAAUGUUUUAUACUAUUCAAAACGCAUUCUGCGUGCUUUCUUUAAUAGUAGCGACAUUGAUGACUGAUUUCAAAUUAAAAAAAUUAGCGUUUCGCGCCUGGUUACCUUUCGAUUUCACUUCCUCGUGGUUUACUUUUUCUAUGACAUUCAUUUACCAGUUCGUCGGUUCAAUGGUCAUCUCCGCCGGUAUCAGUAUUUUCGACACGUUGUUCGCCGGCCUGUUGCUUCAAAUCUGUUGUCAAUUCGAGAUACUGGUGAAUCGCCUGCACAAUAUCGGAGGAGAUGAAAUUCUAUCGUUAAAACACUGCGUUCGGCACCAUAAUGCAAUAUACAGAUUCGCCGAAAUGGUAAAUAAUUUGUUUAGCAAAAUGAUGUGCGUGCAAUUUAUGGUAAGCGCAGCCGCCAUAUGCUUCAACGUUUAUCGAGUAACAGAAUCAAACGCUGGUUCGCAAUUAAUAGGCUCGGUACUGUUUAUUUUUUCCGCCUUACUUCAAACGUUUUACUUUUGUUGGUUCGGAGAUGUAGCGAAAUUAAAGAGCCUCGAUAUUCCUAAUAUGAUAUAUCAUAGCGAUUGGACAAAUUUGAGCAACGACGCCAAGAAAAUGCUUGUGGUAAUCAUGGCACGUUCAUUGACGCCUGUUGAGAUUACAAGCGCCUAUAUUUUACCAAUGAACUUGGAAUCUUUCAAGGGUGUCAGUAUCUAUGUAAAAAUACAUUAUAGCAGUGAGUGGAAAAUUAGAUUAAUGCGAAUACUCAAUAAACUGAGUAAUUCGCAGUGUGAAACAGAUAUGAGCCUAAAAUACUAGGCGUAGCUAUUGUAUUAUAUUUAUUUAUAUCAUUUUCGUUGAAUCCGAAAGAUCCUACCUUUUGAAAUAGAUGGC